CUUUGCCGGCCGGUCUCUAGAAAAAGCCGCGCCGGGGCCGCCGCCGCUCAUUCCCGGCCUUUGAAUCCAAGCUGAUCGCCCAGAGAAGCCCCGGCGCUUUUGCCCGUCCUCCGGUUUGCAACGCGGUUGCUUCGCUCCUUGGCCCGGCAUUGAUGCGAAUUGCCCCUUGAUUGCUUCUCUUCCCCCCCACCCAUCCACCCGCUUGUUCCUCGUAGGGGUUCUUUCCAAAAGCCUCGGAUUGGUGAUCGUUUGCCUGCGCCCUGGUCCGAUCCGCGGACCCGGAAAGAGACUCUUCGAGGUCCCUAGAAGGGGAAGACAAGAAAACGAAAGGGGGAGGGAAAAAAAGAGAGAAAAAGACACCCUCCCUUUUUUUGCCGGCUUCCCUUCCUUUGGCUCCCUUCUCCACCCCCGCGCUUCUUCCUCCUCCUCCUCCCGCUGGAUCGGCCGCCCAAGGUGGAGCCGCGGCCCCCGAAGGAGCUCUGGGCUGUGAAGAUGCCGAUGGAGCUGACGCAAAGCCGGAUCCAGAAGAUAUGGCUCCCUCCGGACAAUCACCCGGCGCUCCCCCACCGAUCAUGUGGUCCGCAGCUUACCAAUUCUCCCACUGUGAUUGUUAUGGUCGGCCUUCCAGCCCGUGGGAAGACCUAUAUUUCCAAGAAGCUCACACGCUACCUCAAUUGGAUUGGCGUCCCCACAAAAGUGUUCAACGUUGGCGAGUAUCGCCGGGAGGCCGUGAAACAUUACAGUUCCUAUGACUUUUUUCGUCCCGAUAAUGAAGAAGCCAUGAAAGUUCGCAAGCAAUGUGCCUUAGCUGCCCUGAGAGACGUCAAGCUGUACUUGACUGAAGAAGAUGGUCAGAUUGCGGUUUUUGAUGCUACAAACACAACCCGAGAGAGAAGGUCAAUGAUCUUGCAUUUUGCCAAAGAAAAUGGAUUUAAAGUGUUUUUCAUAGAAUCUGUCUGCAAUGACCCAUCUGUGGUUGCUACUAAUAUUAUGGAAGUCAAGUUGUCCAGUCCAGAUUACAAGGACUGUAAUUCAACUGACGCGAUGGAAGAUUUUAUGAAGAGAAUCAGCUGCUAUCAAUCUAGCUACCAGCCUCUUGAUCCAGAUGAUUAUGACAGAGAGCUCUCGCUUAUCAAGGUGAUUGAUGUUGGCCGGCGGUACCUCGUGAACCGGGUCCAAGACCACAUCCAGAGCCGAAUUGUGUACUACUUGAUGAACAUCCACGUCCAGCCUCGCACUAUCUACUUGUGUCGACACGGUGAAAGUGAAUCCAACCUCAAAGGGAAGAUCGGAGGAGACUCGGGGCUAUCCAGCAGAGGGAAGAAGUUCUCCAUUGCACUGAAGCAUUUUGUCCAGGAGCAGAACCUCAAGGACCUCAAAGUCUGGACCAGCCAGCUAAAGAGGACCAUCCAGACUGCAGAAGCACUGGGGCUACCCUAUGAGCAGUGGAAAGCAUUGAACGAAAUUGAUGCUGGUGUAUGUGAAGAGAUGACCUAUGAAGAAAUCAGGGAGAGGCACCCUGAAGAAUUUGCCUUACGUGACCAAGACAAAUAUUAUUACCGCUAUCCAUCUGGAGAGUCUUACCAAGAUUUGGUGCAGCGCCUGGAGCCCGUCAUCAUGGAGCUAGAAAGACAGGAGAAUGUCCUUGUCAUCUGUCACCAGGCUGUGAUGAGGUGUCUCCUGGCCUACUUCCUGGACAAGAGCGCUGAGGAAAUGCCUUAUUUGAAGUGUCCCCUCCACACAGUGCUGAAGCUGACCCCUGUGGCCUAUGGUUGUAGAUUUGAAUCGAUCUCUUUGAAUGUCGAAGCUGUGAACACCCACCGGGACAGACCAGAGGUGAGGAGGCCCUGCCUGUCGUGUCUAGAUUGGAAGAACGUGGGGAAGCCUGUCUGUUUUAGGAAAACAUUCACAGACCAAUUCUCUCUUGUUGAUGCAAAGAAGGGACCUAACACCCUCAUGAGGCGCAAUAGCGUUACCCCUCUAGCGAGCCCAGAGCCCACCAAAAAGCCUCGCAUCAACAGCUUUGAGGAGCAUGUGGCUGCUGCUGCCGCCGCUUCUGCUGCCCUGCCCACCUGUAAGCCCCAGGAGGUGCCCACCCAGAUGCCCGGACAACCUUUACUGGGGAAGGCCUGCCUACGGCCUCUUUGCCACAUUUUCAAACUUUUUGCUUUACUAAUAUUUCCAAGAACAUGAAAAACUCCCACAACCAGCAUUGAGUAUCUUCAGGGGCGAUGCUUGAAAAACCUGCCCACAGAAGCCCAGCUCCAUUGCAUCGCCCACCUCCGAAGCUUACGUCUGGCCCAACAUCGCCAUCCGAUUGGAGGCCAACCCUCGUUGAUGAUCUCCAUCGCUGAUCAAUCUGCCUGCUUGGACCCCUUGGGGAGCGUUACUUUUUUUUUCCUGGAGCAGCCGACGGAAUCCCAAGAGAGGGAGAAGGAAAACGGGAACAUCUCCUUGUACUGGACAUUGUGGAUUACACUAAUCUUUGAGCUGUUUUUCAUCUCUCCUAUGCCAUAAACUUUGUAGACCAUAGCAGGGCCUAAGCAUUUGUUUGCACACUAUGUACUAAGUCUGUUUCUUUUCUUACUAUUAUUAUUAUUAUUAUCAUUUCUAACACGACACAAUUGCCUUGCAGAGAAAACAGAGACUCUGUGCUACUCUCAGCAUGUGUACAUAGUUGGUGUGUUGAUGUGUGCAUGCUUCUGGAGAGGAGGGGAUAGCUAGAAAGUGGGGGGCAUGAAAGUUCUCUUUGAGACACUCACAUGCAUGUUCACUGUUGGGUAAAUGUGCAUAUCUCCUUCACCGCCACCGGAAAUCAAUGGAUGUCAGUCACAAGCCCAAGGUUGCAGGGGAGAGGGGACAGUAAAAUCUGUUCUUCGAGAUGAGGAUGGUUAACCGCCAAACAAAUCCUUGUCAAAUAUAUCUUUACGAACUUUAUGGAAAAAAUGCACAGGGAGGGGAGAUGCACAGCGGUCUUUGCAUGGUUUUGAGAAAUCCCCAACAUCUGUUUUAGAUGCUGCUUGCUAAAAGGUAAGCAGGUGGCUGCUGAGAGGUGGGUUAGGUGGAAUAUCACUCUUCCGAUGGGGGGGCGGGCGUUUGAACGACAGCCCAGGAGACGAUGCAUCCAGGAGCCACGCGGGGAGAGACACCGAUUGCUCCUUGGCAAGUUAAUUCCCCAGACAGAUUUUUUUUCCUUGCACUCCGGUGGGACAUGGAACCAGUUUCAUGUGCGGUAAAAACAAUAGCGAGAGAAGGGGUGAUUUGAAAAAAAGGUGUGAUUGAAUAAUCCAUUGAAAUAAGUAUUAGGGAUGAGCUGAGGUUUAUGCUUUUAUAGCUCACUAGGAAAAACCCCCUUGGCUGUUUCCUCAGCUAGGUCUUUUUUUUGUUUGUUUUCUACUUUUAUUUUAUUUUUAAUUGUGUGUUUGUGUGGCCAAGUGGGUGUUCCUUCACUAGUGGCCUAAGUAUGUCUGUCUGUUUUGUUGACCAAGGCUUCUGUUUAAAAUUCUUUUGACCGCUUCUGCUUACCAGGGUUUUCCUAAAAUUAUGGAGAACCCAGAUGGGGAGGACCGGGCACAUAGCAUGAGGACCUCUUGAUUUGGAGGAGAAUGAAAAAGAAAACUGCUUAGAUGUGGAGGGCCUUUACUGCACAGUCCCAUUAGCAAAUAAAUUUGUGAGUGGAUUUCUAAUGGCGGAAAACAGGCUCCUUUCUCUUCCCAUCUGCCCCUAAAUGUUUUUUUUACAAGUAGGGGUCUGUAGGGGGGGCCUUCUUGAAUCGAAUAAAAUAAGACGGUAGGAAUGUUCCUACUUUCUUUGUUAAGAGAAGCCGACAAGGUCAGCUUUGGUGAGGCAGACAGAAGUGCUUUGAGCCUAAGCCUUGUGCCCGUGUCUAGUGUUUUAUUAUGUUUUGUUAAUAAGAAUAUUAUCAACAGAGCGCCCAAUUGAGCUGCUGUUGGCUGCUGACUGUUUUUUACCAGGGACGGGCCACAGGAGGGAAUUUAUAUAUGUAUACUUGUGUACAGGCAGAAGGACCUCUCUGUUUUCUAAUUGCAUUUUUAAAAGCAUUUUUUCCUUUCUUUUUGAGUGUGUUUUCAGAAUGUGUGUUUGUGUGCAGUGAGUAAUUUUUCUCUCUCAGCUGAUCACCUGCCAGGCUUCUGCACCCUCAUCCCCUUAUUUAUUUCUUUUUUUAGAAGGAAGGUACUUUAUCUUGUACAUAAAAAAGUGGUUUUGAGAUGUGUACUCCUCUCCUGCCAGAGCUAGAUAAACCAGCCAGAGGCAAAUACAACCACGGAUUUUGCUCUGUGAUAAAAAAUUUCCAGGCAAGCUGUUCUUUGCUUGGUUUCAUAGCUCAUGGGUAGGAAGGAGAUGAGAACUGGCAUCGAGGGGGGAAGCCAUAACAAGGUUCCCUGGUUUCGAAGAAGUAAAAUCCUGGGAGACAAAUUAAUGCUUGCUUCAGGCCAUCUGAGUGUAACGGGGGGACAUGUCGGAUUGCGGUGGGUGAGAUUUUGAUUCUACGGACUUGCCAACGAAAGUAGAGCUUAGCUAGUGUUGGGGACACACCAGUUGAGCAAGGAAAGGUAAUGUAAAUCCACACCAAUGACUCAUUUUUUGAUUGUGUUUUUCCUUUGAUACUUGAAUUUGUAUUUUUAUCAGUUUUUUAAUAGCAAAAGGCUAUUUAUUUAUUUAACAUUUGUUCUUCUUUGCGGCCUCUGAAUGCACCCGAUUGGGUGGGCCUUCCGCCUGCACGGGACCUCUCGGGCGUUUCGCAGAGGACCGCCAGAAGAACCAUGGUUACACGUAGGUAACCUCUCUUGGCGGAGCUAAGAAAAGAGUGCAUUUUCCCCCUUGACUUGUGUGAUGUUCAUUCUGUAUAUACAGUACAUGUUUUGGGUUUUUUUUUUCCGGGUUGCCUGAGAUGACGCAGUGCCAGCUUAUAAAACAGGUCUGCCUUUUGAAAAUUUGUAUAUUUUGCAAUUGCUGGACCAAUUAAAUACCUUCUUGGCAUAAAAGCUUUA